UGGAAGAAGUGCAACCUGAGCUGAAAGAGGGUGGUGGUGGAAAGAGCGACACACAUUUUCACACAACAGUUUUCCUUCUCCCCAGUCAGAGAAGCAGAUCUCUGCUUAAAACUAAACAAAACAUCUUUCAUAUCUUUGCUGUAAAAGAGGACCAGUUUCAAGUGAGCAGUUGCAUGGAUUUUUGUGUGACAUCGAAAAAGUUGUGAUGCCAAGUUUAGGAUCAAAGAAGAAAGACAGUCUAUCCAGAAUGGAUACACACACUGAGGACUUGCCACAGUUGAGCAAUGAGAUGCAGCUGAGCAUCAUGAACAAGGUGAAGAGUGGAGAGUUGUCCAUCGAGGAUGCAUUGAACCAGGCCAGGAUGGACGGGAAGCAGUUACUCAAACCUCAGGAACAGCAGCCCUCUCAGUACAACUUCAGUGUUCACAAGCACAGCCACUACAGGUGGCAGAAGCGGGUUCUUCAAAUUGAUUUCAAGACCAAAAUGAUGUGCAGCAUAGAGAAAGGCAUCAUCAAGCGACAACUUCCCUUCUCCACUGUCAAGAGUUGUGAUGAUGGAGUGGGUUCCAGGUUCUCCAUUUCCUUUAAAGGACAUCAUGAUUAUGAAUUGGAGGCAACUUCACUGGAGGACAAACACAAGAUGAUUCAGCUUGUGAAUCAGAUCAUUUAUGGUAACAUAUACAGUUAUCCUGAAGAGGUAAAUGCAGAAACACGUCAGCAGCCUCAAGCAUCACAGAGCCUUCGGGACGGCAUCUUGUUACUGCACCGAGGCGGCCUGGCAUCAUUCAGAUGGGUGAAAUAUGAGGUCCAGCUCCAACCAGGCGAGCUAACAUUGGUCCCCUUCAGGCAGCGAGGCCCUGCUGAUGGUGAGGUGACAUCCUCGGUGCCCGUGUCCAUCGUGAUUCACCUGUCAGACGGUGACACCAGCGUACAGAAACCUGACAGCUCCGACACUUUCACUCUGAUCACCCACAAAAAUGAGUACCAGUUCCGGGUGCCUGUUCCAGAUCAAACAAGUAGCCCUGGAGCUGUUCAGAGGGAGCGAGAUGCUUGGGUCCGGGCCAUUGAAAAACUGUGUUCAGACUGGAAGAGCAAGUCCAAGGGCGAACACACGUUUGUGCAAACAAAGGCUCUACGAACUCUCGAAGGCGCAGAGGACACCGACACAGACCUUGAGUCAAGCGCACGAUUUGGUGGUGGGAUCAUUUAUCCUCCAGUUGAUUAUGAAAAUCCAUAUCCCACUUCCGGUGGUGGAGAUCAUUUAUCAGCUGGUGACACGAGUCAAAGUUAUCCCUCAGCCGAUUAUACAAAGCCUGUCCUCAGACCUCGCAGCACUGAGAAGACUGCUGUUCAAGUUAUCGGACCUGAUAUUUUGCCUGCCGUCCCAUCACCGACCUCUCCCGGUGUUGAAGCCUUAUCUUCACCCACCUCCCCUCAACCCUCACCCUCCCUUACUGCCUUCACAUCCUCUUCCACAGUCCCAGAGUCUCUUACCCACGAAUCAAGCUCGUCAGUUGUGAAAGGGCCUUCACCCCCGAGCAUCCCUGCCCCCCCACCUUUACCCUUCAAAGUGAAGACGAUUUCAAGAAAACCACGCACCAAGGCUUUCCACUGGGACCUAGUUGGCCCAGAUAAGAUUGCAAAAUCGUUUUGGAUACAAGAAAGCACCAGGAGGAUUGAAAUCGACACAUCACGCUUAUAUGAGCAAUUUGCUGUUAAAGAUCUGGGGACGUUUGGUGCGGCUGAGCCGUGUAAUACCCAGCACAUUAUGCUCAACCAGAAGAUUGCACACAACUUCAACAUUUUCCUCAAAAGUUUUCCAGUGCAACCGGGAGAGCUGAAGGACAAACUGUUCGUCGUUAAUGAGGAAGAUGGAGGCCUGUCUGAUGAGCACAUCACCUCUCUGAGGAGGUAUGUCCCCACCAUGGAUGAUGUAGAAAUGUACAAAUCCCACAAGGGACCUGUGACAGAACUGCAUAUUGUGGACCAGUACAUGAUGGAGAUGUGCAACAUCCCCUGCCUGAGCACACAACUGGACCUGCUGCUGACUCUGAGAGAGCUCCCGAUUAGCAUGAACGACCUGCAACCUCUGAUUAACCAGACGAUCAGAAUGUGCAUGCAGCUGAACAACUGCAGGUCAUUUGUUUCCGUGCUGGAGUACCUCCUCGCCAUUGGCAAUUACCUCAACGAGAACACCAAAAAGGAAAAGGCCAAGGGAUUCCGCCUCUCCUCCUUAACUAAACUCUCCCAGCUCCGUGGGAAAGACAAGAAAUUCACCUUGCUCCAUGCCCUUGUGGAGCAGAUCAUGUUGCAUGAACCGUGCUUGGCCACAUUUACCCAGGAGUUAGCAGAAUUUGAAACUGUCCUGGGAGCUUCCAUCAAAGGCCUGACUGCAGAAGUAGAUGUCCUGAAGAAUGAACUGCAGAAAGUCAUUCAGUAUAGAAAGACUUCCAAGAAGAGAAAUGCUGGAGUUCAUGACACAAACUUCUCCAAAGACCUGAAGAUGGCAAUUGAGAAAUACAACACGGAUCUCUCUGCACUGACGAAGACAUGUGAGGAGAUGAAGAAACUCUACUCUGUCAUACUGGUUAAAUACGGAGAACCGGCGGAUCAAGACUCUCAGGAGCUCUUUGGGCUGAUCUGUCAGUUCGUCCAUGACUUCAAGAGGGCCCAUGCUGAAAUUAUAUGAGUUAUACUGUUUAAAGUACAUGUAGUAUAAGUAACCACUGAGACUGCAGGGAUGCUUAUUUAACAAACCAAACAGAUCGCAUGGAUGUAUACUUUUAGUAGCUGUUUGUAUUUUUCUCCUGUGUUGUUGUACAGAUUCUUUAUUUUAUAAUGAGCAUUUGAAUUGUAUAGAGUAUGAAGUGUAUAGUGAUGCCAAUGCACCUGGAUGACAAUGUCCAUGGAAAUCAAUUAUGUAAAUAUAAAACUGAUCUAUGUCAGAUUA